ACUUGAAAAAUUUUAAACCAGAGUGUUAUCUGUGACAGCUUCUGUCAACCUUAUCUGUUCCCCUCAUUCUCCCACACUCUUAGGACAAGUUGGGGGGUCAGAAAACUGGACCUAUAUUCUUUCCUCGUGAGCCUCGGACCCAGGCCAGUGCCCUGUCACAGCCUUGAGAAACCUGGAAAAUCACAGAAGAGGGAGUGGAAGACAAUAGUGGUUGCUGUCUCCAGCUGCACGCAGCAGGGAUGAGGCUCGGCACUAUUUUGGGUGGUGUAGACCCCGCCCCCACUCCGAACGCACCCUGGCCCUGCGGCGGCAGCUGGAGGGGUCCCGCUGCGACUGUUGGGGCCGCACCUCGGACCUGAGCCGCCGCCGCAUCUGCAGCCAUGUCGGGCCGCUCGGUGCCACAUGCCCACCCGGCCACCGCUGAGUACGAGUUUGCCAACCCGAGCCGCCUGGGUGAGCAGCGCUUCGGGGAAGGCCUCCUGCCAGAAGAGAUCCUGACCCCCACCCUCUACCACGGCUACUACGUCCGGCCACGGGCAGCCCUAGCGGCGGAGGGCAGCAGGGCUGGGGCCUCGGAGCUUCGGCUCAGUGAGGGCAAGUUCCAGGCCUUUCUGGAUGUGAGCCACUUCACCCCAGAUGAGGUGACCGUGAGGACUGUGGACAAUCUGCUGGAGGUGUCUGCCCGGCACCCCCAGCGCCUGGACCGCCACGGCUUCGUGUCCCGAGAAUUCUGCCGCACCUACGUCCUGCCUGCGGAUGUGGACCCCUGGCGGGUCCGCGCCGCGCUCUCCCACGACGGCAUCCUCAACCUGGAGGCGCCUCGGGGUGGCCGACAUUUGGACACAGAGGUCAAUGAGGUCUACAUCUCCCUGCUCCCUGCACCUCCUGAUCCAGAGGAAGAGGAGGAGGCAGCCGGCGUUGAGCCCUGAAUGUCACAGACCCAGCACCCAGUUGAACCCCUUGCUAGCCCCCGCCCCCACGGUGAUACGGAGCAGCUGCCCACCACCCUAGAGGUAGCAGCAUCCUUGGGGGAAGGGAGAAGUGCAUGGUCCACAAUGUAUGGUUUGGUCCCUUGGGACAUGUCAUAGCAUUUUUUCGUUUAGUUUAGGGUGGAGCUGAAUAAACCCAAAUCUCAGGGC